CUGGAAGGAGCGAUUGAGACAGGUUUCUAGUCUGUACUGCGGCCUACCGUGGAACUGUUAGUGGCCUUCAAGAAGACCAGGAAGUAGUUUAAGUGAAAGGUCAUGGCCUUCUCCAACUACAGCAGUCUGAACAGAGCUCAGCUUACCUUUGAGUAUCUUCACACCAACUCGACAACACACGAGUUCCUGUUUGGAGCACUGGCUGAGCUCGUGGACAACUCCAGAGAUGCCAAUGCCACCCGAAUUGACAUCUAUACAGAGAAAAAAGCCGACACGCGAGGAGGCUACAUGCUCUGUUUCCUUGACGAUGGCACUGGAAUGGACCCGAACGAGGCAACUCACGUCAUCCAGUUUGGAAAGUCCAGCAAACGCUUUCCAGAGUCCACUCACAUCGGCCAGUACGGCAACGGACUCAAAUCGGGCUCCAUGAGAAUCGGAAAGGACUUCAUUUUGUUCACCAAGAAGGAAGACACAAUUUCCUGCCUGUUCCUGUCCAGAACGAUCCCUGAAGAGGAGGGGCUGGAUGAAGUGAUCGUCCCUCUGCCCACCUGGGACCUGAAGACCAGGAGGCCGAUCACUGCCGACAUGGAGAAGUUCACCGUGGAGACGGGACUCAUCUAUAAGUACUCCCCCUUUAAAAACGAACAACAACUAAUGGAGCAGUUUAACAAGAUCGAGAGCAGCAGUGGGACCCUGGUGAUCAUAUACAACUUGAAGCUGAUGGACAACAGAGAGCCUGAGCUGGACGUGGAGACGGACCACCAGGACAUCCUGAUGGCAGGCACUCUCUCAGAGGGCGUGAAGCCGGAGCGGCGGUCGUUCCGAGCGUACGCCGCCAUUCUGUACAUCGACCCUCGUAUGAGGAUCUUCAUCCAGGGACACAAAGUGAGGACCAAGAGGAUGUCCUGCUGUCUGUACAAACCAAGGGUGUACAAGUACACGUCGACCCGCUUCAAAACCCGCGCUGAGCAGGAAGUGAAGAAAGCCGACCACCUUGCCAAGAUCGCGGAGGAGAAAGCUCGCGAAGCGGAGAGCCAGAGUUUAGCAGUCGAAGCCAAAUUGGGAGGUGACCUGUCCAAGGAUGCACGAGCCUCUCUGAGGAAGACCCAAGACUCUGCCAUGAUGCUGCGCCGUGACGCAGACAUGAAGAAGAAGAUCCUGGAGUCCAAACAAAGGGCGUUGAAGGAGCCCAAGGAGCUGAACUUCAUCUUCGGCGUGAACAUCGACCAGCGGGACCUGGACGGCAUGUUCGUGUACAACUGCUCCCGCCUCAUCAAGAUGUAUGAGAAGACGGGGCCCCAGCUGGAGGGCGGCAUGGCGUGUGGGGGCGUGGUGGGCGUGGUGGACGUGCCCUACGUGGUGCUGGAGCCCACACACAACAAGCAGGACUUUGCGGACGCUAAAGAAUACAGGCAUCUUCUGAAAGCCAUGGGAGAACAUCUCGCCCAGUACUGGAAGGACAGCAACAUCGCUCAGAAGGGCAUUGUGAAGUUCUGGGAUGAGUUUGGCUACCUGUCAGCCAGCUGGUCAGCUCCGCCCUCCUCAGAGCAGCGCUACAAGAGACGACGCGCCAUGGAGAUUCCCCUCACCAUACAGUGUGAUAAGUGUUUAAAGUGGAGGACGUUGCCGUUCCAGAUGGACGCUGUGGACAGACGCUACCCCGACAGCUGGGUCUGUCUGAUGAACCCAGACAGCACCCAGGACAGGUGUGAUGCAGCGGAGCAGAAGCAGAACCUGCCCUGCGGAGCUCUCAGGAAGGUGGUUCAAACGGCCGAGGACAAACAGAAGGAGCUGGCAGAGAAGAUCAGACUGCAGCAGGAGAAGCUGCAGGCCCUGCAGAAAACCAGCACUAUCAAAUCGUCCGCAGACCUGAAGAAGCUGCCUCUGGACGUCAGCAUGAGACCUGCCUCUGAGGGCUCUCCUCAGGCCACCAGGUCGUCAGAGAGAGUCCUUACCCGGCCUCGCUCCCCUCCUCUCCCCGCCCACCUCAAAAACGCUCCCAGCAUCCCGCCCCCGGUCACCCGGACGCCCACCGUCUCGGCCCGGUCGCCACGAACGACCGCACCUCCUCCUCCGGCACCCAAAGUCGACCAAUCCCGAGCCAGAGCUGCAGCUAAGACCCCGCCCCCUGUAGCAAAGCCCGCCCCUAAAGCCCCAGCCAAAGCACCAGCUAAAACUCCCCCAGCCAGCCGAAACUCUCGGACACCAGCCAAGUCAUAUCCAGCUAGAACCUCCGCUCUGGGCAACACACGCAAGAGAGUGGUGGAGGAAGAUGAGAGUGAGGAUGAAGACGAGGAAGAACAGGAGGAGGAAGAGGAGGAGAAGGAGGAAGACAGCGAAGAGGAGAGCGAGGAGGAAAUUCUGCCCAGGAAAUCCAAGAUGGCCGCCGCCGCAGGGAGCCGAGGAAAAGCUGUGGAAAAGGCCACUCCUGCCAAGCGGGGCAAAGUGACCGAGGUAUCUGAUGAUGACCACGAUAACGAGCCUGAGAAGGACUUGAAGAACACUCAGAAAGACAAGGGUCUGCUGGUGGAAGUUCGCGUCAACAAGGAAUGGUACACUGGGAAAGUGGUUGCCGUGGAGUCAAACAAACAGAGCGUGCGCUGGAAGGUGAAGUUUGACUACGUACCCAGGUCCACGCCGAAAGACCGCUGGGUGUUUAAAGGCAGCGAGGAUGUGAGGUUGAUGAGGCCCCCUUCCCCAAUCACACAGACCCCAGACACACAGCAGGGGGCGGAGCCAGAGAAAGGCCCCGCCCCCAUGGAGCCAGACACCACCCAACCAGGAACCAGUCGAGAGGUGACCGAGAGCCUGGUCACCAUGAUGAGGACACUGCUGCGGUAUUUCUUCCCUCCUGACUUCCGGAUCCCUAAGGACGAUGUCAACAGCAUGACGGCCGAGGAGCUGGUAGCCUUUCCCAUGAAGGAGUACUUCCAGCAGUACGAGCUGGGCCUGCAGGCGCUGUGUAACUCGUACCAGAACCGUGCGGACGCCAGGGCCAAGGCCGUGGAGGAGAAGAGCAGCAGCGCCGAGACCAAGUUGAAGGAGGCGGACGAGAAGCUGCAGAAGCUGCGGACCAACAUCGUGGCCCUGCUGCAGAAGGUCCAGGAGGACAUUGACAUAAACACAGACGAUGAACUGGACGCUUAUAUAGAAGACCUGCUCACCAAGGGAGACUAAACCACAGAAGAUGACCAGAAGAGGAAAGGCUGGAGAGGAGAGAGAGGCUCCUGGACUCCUGACAGGACGAACACGCGCUCUGCUCUCUCUCCCUCUUCUCACCACCAGCGCUCUGUUCGAUCGAGGGCUUGGGGUUUUACCUUGUCAGUCCAUGCCAACGCGCUUCUGUGUUCGCGGGGCGGGGGGUGUGGCGUACACGAGCACACGCGUCCUGAGCACAGGGGAACGAACCCCUCUGUUGAUUAGACUCCUGUUUGUUUUUAUAAAACGGCAGUUAUUUUUCACCUUAUAUCGUUUCUGUUUAGCUGCUCGUCCGUGUUCUCUCUGGGUUUGGAUGGGUUCUAGGGCAUGUUUUCAUUUUAGUCCAUUUGUAUAUCAGCUAGCAACUUUAUGUAAAAUCUAUAUUAUACUAUGGUAGGCUUUGUUCGUGUCAAAUCUGUCCUGAAUCUGUGGGUCUGAUGCCUUUUACUGGGUCUGUUUAACUUCAGAACUGUCUGAGGACUCUGAAAGAAUUCUUGUGUUGACCCGUGAUUGGAAUAAGAGAAACUGCCUAGUCAUGAUUUUCAGAGUGUGUGUUUAAAGAAUUACUGAAGCAGUCCGUGUACUAACACUCACCAGGACUCUCCUUUUUCUCCUCAGAGUAGUCUAUCUACCUAUUGUGUUGCUUGGGUAUCGCACUCACGAAAUGUAACUACUUACUGCGUUUUAUCAGUAUGGUUAUGUCCACACCGCCCUUGUUAUUGUGACUUGACUGUUCUCUGUGUUUGUUUUGAUCUCUUAUCGUUUUUUGAAUAAUAAUUUCAGUUGCGUUACCCAAAGGUCUGUGUUCAUAUUAUAUUCGGUGCCCAUGUUUCUUCUAAAAUAUAUUUUUACCAUGUCAUGGCAACAUUUUAUUGAAAGGUGCACGUAAAAUGACCUUUGUAUUACCAUUAAAGAAAAAUAAAGUAUUUUUCACUGAUCUACUAAUGGAGCAACAAUAAAAAAGGUUCCAUAACUAUUCCACUGAAA